AAGAUGCUCCCAGCUAUUCACUCUCACCUUUCUCAUAAGCGCGCGCACAACGCAAAUCUUCCGGCCGAAUCGUGAAGGAAGAUCGACCUCAGCUACCCAGUGGCAAUAAUUUUCCACGGAAAGGAUUUCACUUAUAGACCAAGGAUGAGGCUCAUCGCGGCGAUUUUCGUCGUCGCUCUCUCGGGUGCAACCACGGUGUGCAGCCAGGAUGUCGGCGGUCAUGCGCUCUUCGUGAGAACCGCGGACGCGGAUCCCGCACGCUCGAGAGUCCAACGGGCUGCUGCCUCGGUAUCACCGGCAGACGUGAUGGCGCAAAAUAUCCUAGAGUGGAUUCAGGGCAUCUACCAGCAGGGCACACGUAAAACUCGUCAGCAAUCGGACGCAAAUGCGUACUUGCCACCCUUCAGCACCCAACGACCACCCGAAAAACCCCGACCCUUCCAGGUGGCCACGGGCUCUCAACAGAACGAGGUAACAGGCUAUCCUGCACAGCGGCCAUCAUCACUUUACACCCCACCGAACGUCGGUUAUCCAGCAUCUAGGCAAUCUUCCUCUACACCGUUUUCCACCCCAAGACCGAAUCUACAACCCUCGUCAACAUACGUACCGCAAGGUUUCAGAGGCUCCACGUCCUACAAUCCUCGACCAAGUCAGCCUUCAUAUUCUAACACAGGCUCGUCGGCUUUUCCACCACUGAAUCCCCCGGAAUCGUCGUCCACUUAUCUCCCACCGCAGCCACCAUCUGUCCUACCGACCAACCAGUCUCCAAGACCAUCUUCUACCGGUACAGGUACCGGGAUUCCCACACUUGCCAGAGGUCUUUCUUUGGGUGGAAGUACGGGUGUAAGUACAGAUAUCGAGGAAUCCGGAAAUGCUCCAGCCACUCCUCCAGUACUACUAGAAGGUGGAGUUGCUUAUGCAGCACCCGCUGCAGGUUAUCAGCCUGCAUCAGGAUAUCCUUCUGGUGGAUAUCCGACUGGUGGAGGAUAUCCUUCGACUGGUGAAGGAUAUUUUACUACUACUGCAACACCACGCCCUUCUUUCCCCCCACCAGAUCAAAGACCAAGCGUAGACGUUGGUACUAAUGUAAUUACUACAGGAACAGGUCCUGGACCUACUGGACCAACUGGGACUGUUGGAGUUACUGCUACUGGAACGACCAGUGUAACGGAGGAUGAUCUCAGUCAUCCCCCACAUAUUCACAAUCUUGACGUUCAAUGCAGUAAGACUAUGAUGACAAUUAACAUUGAAUUCAAUCGCGCUUUCGAUGGAGUUAUUUAUUCUAAGGGAUAUUUUAUGAAUCCAGAAUGCACAUAUGUAAAACAGAAUUCCGGUUUAACACAAUACUCUUUUACUGUGAGUCUGGACUCCUGCGGAACGCAAUUUAUCAAUGAUUUCGAGGGUGCUGCUGGUCAAGCGUAUUUGGAACACGUCCUCGUAUUACAAAAUGAACCGGGUAUACAAGAAGUCUGGGAUACAGUUCGAAGAGUGCGAUGUCUUUGGGAAGGAAACAUUAAUAAGGCCCUGACGGUGAAUCUCUCGGUAGAUAUGUUGAACCAGGAAAUUGUUACCUUCAGCGGCGAUACUGCGACAGCUAAGCUGGAUAUUCAAAUUGGCAAAGGACCUUUCGCACCUGCAGCCGAUGGACUUGUAAAGAUCGGAGAGAUAAUGACCUUAGUCGUUUCCGUGGAGGGUGAUCCCGGGUUCGAUCUUCAGGUACGCGACUGUCUGGCGCGAGAUGAAGCUUCGACCAAUAUGCUGCAGCUCACUGACGAAAGAGGCUGCAUUUUGAAACCAAAGCUGUUCGGUGCUUUCCAAAAAACAAACGAUACUGGCAAUACAGGCGCUUCUAUAAUCGCUUAUGCCUUCUUUCAAGCUUUUAAAUUUCCCGAUGUUAUGGAUCUAUUCAUCGAAUGUAAUGUCGAGUUAUGUAAAACAAAUUGCGAGCCUUGUCCAGAAGCAAAUCAACAAAUUGAACCAGGAAGACGUCGUCGUUCUGUAACAUAUGCACCAUCUUCAAACACCUCGACGAAUUCAAUUCUGUUAUCAGAUCCGGUUCGUGUAGGACGACGUUUUAAAGUGAUUAUGCUCGAUGAUUUAAGCACAGCAUCCAGUCAAAUCCUGGAUAGUAUGGAGGAAACAGCUGUCGAGGCGCUUACAAAAGCAAAAGAGGUUUGCAUGAGUAACAGUGGAUUUUACACGACUUUCUCUCUAAUGUUGAGCACGCUCUUCAUCGCGACGAUAAGCGCGGCUGUGCUAUAUAUUAAAUUACAACGAAUCCGCAGACCGAAAUCUGUGGAUUCGUAGAAAGAUAUUAUUUUUAUAAUAUCUUUAUUGCAAUAAUGCCAGGAAAGAAGUUGCGUAGCAGAUGACAAACGCGUGCCAGAAAUCAAAUAAUUGCAUAAUAAAUUAUAACUUAAAUAGUAAGUAAUUACUUUAUCGC